AAGCUAUCAGCUAUCGAUCCAAUUGAAAGGCGUAGGAUGGGACGACGUGUCGACACUGUCUUUGCUUCUGGACCAAUCGAGCUUGGCUGCACUGAAAUUGGAUCAAAAAACGACCAAACAAAAACAUUAACAGAUGGAUCCCUCAAAAUGCCACUUGUACUCCGGGAUAUGUUGCUUGAUGUCACCUAUGCUCCGUCACUACUCCACCGUUCCCAUGUCGUCGAAUACUCUAUGAAUGGUAAGUCUAAAUCAGGUUUUUAA